AUGUCGGACGGAAUCGCUCCAGCUAUAGACAAAGUCGGCGCGCCUGAACCCACGGCCCCCGAAGCCGAGGCCGGCGCUCCCACUUUGGAUACCACAACAGCUCCUUCAGAGACUGCUAAGCCGGAAGAGAGCAAGCCUACUGACGGUGCCGGUGGCCUCCAUGCUCCGCCGAAGCCCGUCGAGGUCGCUUCAGUUCCACAAACACCCGUCAACAACAUGACAUCCGCAGGCGGCACUCCUCGACCUGUACUCAACAUCGAAGAAGAGACCAAGGAAACGCCAAAGAACGAAGACGAAGCUGCUUUUGUCACCACUGGUGUCGAGACAACAUCUGCACCUGCAGUCUCCGAGCCAAAGGAUGUCACCAUGACCGACAAGCCCGCUUCUGUUAAUGGCGACAGCAAGCCUGAGGUCAACGACCCUGCCGAAGCUGCUCCGGGCGAGAAGCGCAAGGCCGACGAGCCCCCCGCUGCUACCAACGGUGCUUCCGCUCCUGUUGUAGCCGAGAAGUCUGGAUCCGAUGAGCCUGCUGAGAAGAAGGCUCGUGUCGAAGACGUCGCAGAUGAGCCGACAGCCUCCGAAGAGGCUUCGCCAGACGGUAAGCAAGAGAACGGCAAGACCCCCAAGAAGGACAAGAAGGUUGUGUCCCCUGCAGCUGGAAAAACGGCACGCAAGACUCGAAGUCAGGGUCCGGUUGAAGUCUAG